AUGGUUAGGAUUACGAUUAGGGAAGCCCAAAUUGUGGGUGAUCUGCAACAGACAGUUCAAAAAGGUAUCUCACUUCUACAGAGAAAAGAGGAGAAACUUCAGCAUUUGGAGAGCUCCUUGACCGAUAAGCCUUUGUUUGAAAAUACUUCUCGAAUACCUGAAAGAACUGUGACUUUUGAUGUGAGUGAGUCAGAUGUGAGCAGCACUGUGGACCCACCUUUCACCAGAGAUCAGGCUGCAGUCCCACACAGAGUCCAGGACCUGGUGGAGUCCCUGCAGGAGUCCCUGCAGGUGAUUUCAGGGCAGUUGAACACGGCGGUGGGAGUGCUAGGUUCUUUAGACCAAAGACCAAACCCCGCCUUCUCUCUACCUCAGCCCGGGCUGGACUUCAGCACAGCCCACAUGAGGCGUUCACAGAUGUCUGAAAACUGGGCACCGCCACCUCCAAUGUUCAGCUCCACUGUCAACACUGGACUGAAGACCUCAGAGGACCUCAUCAACAGCAGAUGGAGGCAGAUAUUUCCUGGAGCAGCAAUGGGGCCAAGUGUUUCUAAACGUAGCACCUCCUACUCUUCUCACACUCCUCUCAGUCAAAGCAACUGGAGCGCCCCCUACAGGCAGAGCACCACAGAGGCAGACGGACACAGACUUCGGGACUUUAUUGACAGUAACAAGAGGUGGCUCGAGAGCCGACGCAAAGACACCAACAUACCUUUAUUGACUCGAUAUCGUCCUGCGACAAACGGUGGUGGUGAUUCAGCUCGGUUUGGACGACAACAAUGAGAUACGAGUUUUCCAUUACUGACAUUACUUUAUAUGAGUGAGUGCUCCAGUGCUUUCAACACCAUCCAGCCACUGCUCCUGAGGGACAAGCUGGAGACUGCUGGUGUGGACUGUGACCUGGCAGACUGGAUUUUGGACUACCUCACAAACCGGCCCCAGUUUGUGAGAUCCACGAACUGCGUGUCUGACCUCCUGACUGGUAGUGUGGGGGCACUGUCCUCGCGCCCUUUCUUUUCACCCUCUACACUGCAGACUUCAGACACAACACGGACAGCUGCGUCCUGCAGAAGUUCUCUGAUGACUCUGCCAUCAUUGGCUUCAUCAAGGAUGAUAAUGAUGUGGAGUACAGAGGACUAAUACAGGACUUUGUGGACUGGUGUCAGCAGAACCACCUCAUCAUCA